CACCACAUCGAGUCAAUAAUGUCAACAAAGAGAUGGAAGUAGAUGAGUAAAAAGUUAAAGGCGGAUUGUUGUCUCCCCAGCUCGAUUGACAGGAUGGCAGAAGACUCUGUAGUUCGUUUUAUCAAGGAGGACUUGCCUAAAUGUGCAUUUCCCAUGUUUGAAGAUAUUCGAAGACAGGGGAAACUCUGUGAUGUUACAUUGAAGGUGGGAGACAGGAAGUUCACAGCACAUCGGAUUGUCUUGGCUGCGAGUAUCCCGUAUUUCCAUGCCAUGUUUACACAUGACAUGGUAGAAUCAAAACAGAAUGAAAUUACAAUGCAAGGCAUCGAUCCCAGUGCUCUGGAGGCUUUGGUGAACUUUGCCUACAAUGGGAGUGUGGAGAUUGACUCUAACAAUGUCCAGUCUCUGUUAGUGGGGGCUAGCUUCCUCCAUCUACAGUCUGUCAAGGAGGCCUGUUGUGAUUUCCUGAAAAAGAGUUUACAUCCAACAAACGUUUUGGGGAUCCGGUCGUUUGGGGACCAGUUUAUGUGCCAGUCCUUAGUGGAGUACACAAAUAAGUACAUACAGAAACAUUUCAAAGAGGUGAUGGCGAUGGAAGAAUUUCUGAAUCUCAACAAGGGGGAGGUUAUGGAGAUUAUAUCUCGAGAUGAACUCAAUGUUCACUCUGAAGAACAGGUUUUUGAAGCUUUUCUGUCCUGGAUUAAAAAAGAUGAGGAGAAGAGACGAUCAGCCAUGCCAGAGUUAAUGGUGAAAGUGAGGCUGCCGCUACUGACUCCACAGUAUUUAUCUGACAGAGUAGCAACAGAAGAUUUGGUCAAAAAUUGUCUCAAAUGCAGGGAUUUGUUAGAUGAAGCAAAAGAUUACCACUUGAUGCCAGAGAGACGGUCCCUAAUGCAGACCUUUAAGACACGUCCACGAUGCUGUACAGACGUACCGGGGCUAAUCUAUGCAGUAGGUGGACUGACAUCCUCAGGUGAUUCAAUGAGUACUGUGGAGUGUUAUGACCCAAUCACAAAUAUCUGGAACUCAGCGGAGGAUAUGAAGACUGUGAGGAGUAGGGUGGGCGUGGCUGUCCUAAACGGUAGACUUUAUGCUAUUGGUGGAUUUGAUGGAGAAGAAAGGUUGAGCACCGUGGAGGUGUUUCACCAGGGCAACAAGAAAUGGAAAAAGGUGGCAUCCAUGAAUUGUAAGAGAAGUGCCUUAGGAGCGGUAGCUUUGAACAGGAAGCUAUAUGUGUGUGGGGGAUACGAUGGGGUUUCCUCACUAAAGACAGUGGAAGUUUAUGAUCCAGAGAAAGAUUUAUGGACUCUUCUAUCCAACAUGUUGAAACACAGGAGCGCUGCCGGUGUGGCGUUCCUAGAUGGAGAAAUAUACGCUUGUGGGGGGCAUGACGGUCUCUCUAUAUUUGAUUCUGUAGAGAAAUAUAACACAGCCACAAAUACCUGGAGUUAUGUCACACCAAUGUUAACAAAACGCUGUCGAUUAGGAGUUGUCUCCCUAAACGGGAAGUUAUAUGCAGCAGGUGGAUACGAUGGGUCAGUAUUCUUAAACACAGUGGAGUGCUAUGACCCGGUCAAAGACUGUUGGACCUACAUCACCUCCAUGAGGGUCAGGAGGAGCCGCGUGGCCCUAGUUGCCACCUAUGGAAAACUGUACGCCAUCGGAGGGUACGACGGACUGGCCAACCUGAAUUCCGUGGAAAUGUACGACCCAGAAAAGGACACCUGGAAGUUUGUACAGAGUAUGUGUGCCCACGAGGGAGGGGUAGGGGUGGGGGUGGUACCGGUAGAGGUGGAUCUAGAUUCAUGAUGGGUGUGAUAUGUGCCAUGUUGUUUAUACAGUUCACUGUUCUGGGAUUAGUUGAUGCAUUUGUUUAUUGUGAUCUCUAUUGUAAAUAAAUGGUUAAAACUUGUGGUUCUUAAGUUUGAAACUGAAAUUUUUGCUCAUUGUGACCUGUUUAUUAGUUGUAAAUAAAUGUUCAAAAUAGUGUUACUAAUUUAUUUUAACAUUAAGUGGUUUAAAGUGGAAUUAGGUAGUUGAUUUUUUUUUCUGCAUUUUUGAGUGUGUUGCAGAUAAAACAAGAAAAAAAUAUUCUCAUAAGUAAGAUUUCGUCUAUGAAAGUAUGUUUAUUGUUCAAAUUAUGCAUUUAUUAUUUGAAAGCAUUUUUCUUGCUUAUGUACAUCAUGUAAAUUUAAACAUUUUCAUUGACUUGUAAAAACUGGUUGAGAUCUACAACUGUAUGUGAUUACUUUCAAACAAUCUUUAGUUGAUUUCAUUAUAACAUGUAAUUUUCUGUCAUUUAUGGAUUACAUGUAUCUUGUUUACUUCUACAAAAUGUUCACACUGUUGUCAUUUUAUUGUAAAGGAUGUUACAGAAAUGGCAAAAUAGUAAAAAUAGUUACAUUUUAUUUUGUCUAAAAAAUAUGUCAACGCUUUGUGAAUUUCCUAAUUUUGCCAGUGCUUGGUUCAACGUUGUUUGUCAUAUGUUGUCCUUUGAAAGGGAAUCAGAAAGUUAACUCAACAAACGAAGUUGAAUUAAUGUGUUAUAUGGACGAUUAAUAUGGAUCAUUGUCAAAUUUUGUUGUUGAAAAGAGGAGAAUCACAUACAUAUUUAAAAUAAGUGAUAUUCAUUUAAGAGAUUGUUUUUAAUAUAUGAAUUAUGUAUCUUAAAAAUACAUGUAUCUUUAUCUUUACACUGUACAAGCGUUUGAACAAAACUUUCCAAAUAGUCAAUUCUCUUUAUCUGGAACUCAUUAGGACCAAUAUCCAGAUAUCGAGAUAUCCCAAUUAAAAUACUUAAGGAAAAAGGGAAUGAGACUUUCAAAUCAUUUUGACAUUUCAAGGUUAUUCAAGAUACCAAAUAUUAACUGUACAUUUAUCUGAUUGCACAGAAAACAGUGCCCAGAAAAUAACUGCAGCAUAGAUUUUUGCUACUAUCUACAUCUUCAGCUGUACUUCUUAUAAUCAUUGUAAUACAUGUAUUAUAUCAGGCAUUCUGUCCAAGGCAGUGCAAUAUGUUUGUUGAAUUCUCUCCAGUUUAUUCAAUAAAGUUGGUAAAUAUG